UCAAAAUCUGUCGACUCAGUUUCAUCAUCGAUUUCGAAUAAAGCACACACGCUAAUAGAUAAUGGCCGAUUCAUUCUGGAAUUUGAUAUAAAAAUGCAUAUAGGCCCGGUAACUUAAAGAAUAAUUUUGAAAAUAGUCGAAUUGCGAAAAUAGCUCGAAGAGGACCAAAAAGUUCCACGCAAUCCAAAGACGAUAUCAAUAGAAAAUUUGCUCAAUGCCUAUAAUAGAGAUUCGACUUUACUGGUAGAUAUUCGGAAUUCGAAUCAAAAAGAAACAUCAUGAGUAGCGGCGAUGAUGUUUCACAUCAGCUAUUGGCUUUGAUUCAAAGUAUACCGGCAGGAGCUAGCAAUGACGAUUUGCUGAAAGGUUUACCGGAUAUUACACCUGAGUCGCAUCUUGCAGGGCUUAAUAAAUUAUUACAACAAGGAACAAUAGAAUUGUUAAAAAAAGGCGAGAAACUUUUUUAUCGUUCAAAAGAACCCAAAAAAAGCGUUUUACCGAAAGACGCCGACAAUGAAGAAAAAAUUGUUUACGGUAUAAUUGAAGAAGGUGGUAAUAAGGGCAUUUGGAUACGAGAUAUACGCUUGCAAUCCAAUCUAAAUAUGACUCAACUGAAUAAAAUACUUAAAAAUUUGGAAACAAAGAAACUUAUCAAAGCAGUAAAAUCCGUGAACGCCAGCAAAAAGAAGGUAUACAUGUUAUACAAUCUAGAACCUGAUCGUUCAGUUUCUGGUGGCGCAUGGUAUCAAGAUCAAGACUUUGAAGCGGAAUUUGUCGAUGUCCUGAAUCAACAGUGUCUACGCUUUUUACAGGAGAAACGUAAAAAAGCGGAAGAACGACGAGAUGGUCCACUCGCCGUUAGGCAGCUAUCGUGCUGCUCCGUAAAAGAAGUUCAUAAAUAUAUUUCAGACGUGGGCAUCAGCAAGGUUAAUUUGGAUGAAGAUGAUUUGGAAACCAUACUCAAAACUGUAGUUUAUGAUGGGAAAGCUGAAAGAAUACUUGUAUCAGAUGGAGCAUAUGUUUAUAGAGCUAUUGAGUCACCCUUGCCUCCAGCUGGAUUAAUACAAAUGCCUUGUGGCCGAUGCCCGGUUAUUAAAAAUUGCUCAAAAAUAGGAGCAGUUACCCCCAUAAAAUGUCAAUAUAUGAAAGAUUGGUUGGAUUGACCUUAAAACUUAAAAAAGUUUGAUUUUAGAAACGACUAAUGAUAAUAAAUAAGAGUUUUUUUCUUGCUAACAGUUAUAUCCAUAAA